AUGAACCUUUUGCGCCCUAACGACGCCACUACCCUCUUGCCGUUGAAAAUUUGCGACGACACUAGCGCCCGGGCUUUCGAACAAGAUCUCGGUAGUAUCGCUUCGAGAAACGUUGUGAACCGCCGCAUGACCAUGACGCCCUGGAUUCGAGUAUAA